AUGCUGGGGGACCUCAUGUCUCUUUUUAGGAGUCUCCAUGGGAUGCUUGCUUCCUCAGGCACCAUAGGAGCAUUGAUGGCUUGGCUGAUCAGCUAUAAGCCAGCCUUGUUUGGCUUUCUAUUCCUUCUGCUGUUGCUUAGCAACUGGCUGGUCAAGCAUGAACUCAAACCUACUCCUCAAGAGCCCCAGCAGGAAGAGGCCGAGCAAUCCAAGACUUGCGAAGCCAAAACCAACGGCAAAUGCCUAAACACGAAAGAAGUGGAGAGACUGCACGCCUGCUUUGCCCUCCAGGACAAGAUCCUUGAACGGCUUAUGUUCAGUGAAAUGAAACUGAAAGUCUUAGAAAAUCAGAUGUUCAUCGUAUGGAAUAGAAUGAAUCACCACAAGCAGUCAAGCCGACGGCGGACUUUUCCAGCAGGAAAACACAGAAUGCGGAGGCGGGAGUCUCUUUUCUCCAUCCUCUCUGAUUGCACUUCCAAUUCCCCCUAA